AUGGACGGUGACCCAGCAGUUGAGCCUGAGCUCGACUCCUUUAGCUUGACCUUUCCCCUGCCGUAUCGCGUGGCCUUUAUCGUCGUAUUGGCUACCUGGCUCUGGGGCUUCAACCUUCAUUACCUCGCACUUCUCAAAAUCGACGUUCCCUCGCUCAUUCGCUACCCUUCGCGGACAUCACCGCUCCAACCGCCGCACCACCUCUCGACGUAUCGAUUGGCGACAGUUCUCUCGGCGGUCUAUGCCUUCUCCCUCCUCGUCUUCUGGGUCUUUACCCACCGUAACCCGGCGCUCGUCCUCGCCUGGGACUGGCUACCGCUCACCUACAUGGUUGUCCUGAUUGGCGUCUUUUUUGCGCCCCUCAAGACGCUUUCGUCCCAGGGCCGCCAGCGGUUCCGGAGCACGCUCAAGCGGGUCAGCAUUGGUGGCAUAGCCGAGGCCAAGGACGGGAAAUUUGGCGACAUUCUGCUGGCUGAUGUGCUGACGUCGUACGCCAAGGUCUUUGGCGACCUGUACGUUGCGCUGUGCAUGUUCUUUCAGACCAAUGGCUCGGCCACCGCGCGGCCGGACCGCAAUUGCGGCGGCACCGUCGUCGUUCCGCUCAUCAUGGCGAUUCCCAGUAUGAUUCGGCUGCGACAGUGUCUGAUUGAGUAUGGAAGAGUGCGCCGCGGCCGAAUGGAUGAAAAGACGGGUUGGGGCGGGCAGCAUCUUGCCAACGCGCUCAAGUACAGCACUGCGUUCCCAGUUAUCAUCUUUUCUGCUCUCCAGCGCAGUUGGGGCCCUUCUACUACCCUGUAUAGGGCCUGGGUUGGCGCUUGCGUGGUCAACAGCUUGUACUCAUUCUACUGGGACGUCACCAAGGAUUGGGACCUGACUUUGUUUUCGUCUGCAAAGGAAAGAAAUGCGUUGGAUCACGCCUUUGGCCUUCGGAGACGGCUCUAUGUUGGCCCGCCAGCCACCUAUUACGGUGUCAUUCUACUCGAUUUGAUGCUCAGGUGCACGUGGAGUCUCAAGCUCAGUCCCCAUCUAGACCAUAUUGUCGACUUUGAGAGCUCGAUAUUCAUCAUAGAGUUCUUGGAAGUAUUCCGCCGUUGGGUCUGGAUAUUCUUUAGAGUUGAAACCGAGUGGAUACGAAACAAUUCGAGCAACACUUUGCCUAGUAGUAUUGGCCAGGAUGGCAUCGGCCAGGGUAUCCUACUAGGAGACUACGGAAAUGGAGGGAGUCACUACAAGGAUGAAGAAAGCGAUUAG